UGACGCUCGCUGGUCUCCGGGACUACCAAGCGCUGAGAGGAGCGCGGCCCGGCCUACCUGUUCAUCAUCUAGAAAUGGAGUGGGGAGGUGAAUAUACUGUUGAAUCUUCCAACUUGGAUUGCUUAUUAAACAUACUUCCUGAAGACUUGGAAUUUCAUCAGAUACUUGGAGACAUUGAUGAGAAAAUAAAGAAAAAUGCUUCUAGCAUGGAACAGUGUCUUAAAGAGUUACAAUCAGAAAUAAAUGAAAUUUGUUCUGAUGAACUGCUACAGGAUACAACUGACUGUCUCCAGUGGUUAAAUAACUGCAGUUUCAGCUCAGUAAAGCCUUGUUCUACACCUCCUGGAGAAUUGGUCAAGUUUCUUCAGGCUCUGCAAAAUUUACUGAAGAAUGAACAAAACCAAGAAGAAAUUAUUCUUCACUUCCUUCUGGAUCUCUCAAGUCAGUGUGGUGUCUUAUUUCCCUGUACCCCAAGUGGGACAUCUUUUGAGUUCACAUCCAGUAUUUCCCUUCAUGGCAUUGAAGAUAAUUCAGCAAUGGAUAUUCAUUGUAUUUGGGAUGAUGUAAGAUUACAUCUUCGGCGCUUCUUAGUAAAUCAACUGCAAAGUCCCCAUGAAACAAAAAUUGGCACUUCCCAACAACAAUUGCAGUUUAAAACUCAGUGCCUACAACAACUUUUAUUUCUUUAUCCUGAGUCAGAAGUUAUAGCCAAGUAUCAAAACAUGCAGAAUAAGUUGGUUAGUGAUCUUCUGCAGAGAUACAUACUAGAAAGCAGUGGAGAAACAAACUUAGAAAAAGUGGUUUGUGGCUAUGAACGUUCCAUUCCUACUUUGUGUACAAUGAUAAAAGAAGAUUUGUAUAUACUAGGUGGAAUGAUUGAUCCCUCUUCUACACUGAAGUUUAUUAAUGGGUCUUAUUUGGAUACCAUCGCAGAAGAAAUUACCAUUCUCCUUGAAAAACUGUGUGAGUUUAAUUUCAAAGAAGAUACAAUAAAUGGUGCUAAGAUAAGCAACAGCUCAAAGAAACAGAAAGAAGUAGCCCAAGGCUGGGCUUCUCAGGAAUGUCCUAGAAAAGAGAGAAACUUUGGUUUAACAAUAAAUCAACUGAGAUGCCUCUCCCACCUUGUAAAGCUAUUUUUGGUGAUGGAGGAAAAGGUUGAAGAGCUUUCUUCACCAUGUUUUUCUGACAACCAAUGUGUUCAAGGAGUUCUGAAGAAAGUUGGUGGGGAUCUUUUGACAGGGGAGAGUAAAACAAAUGGAGCCAGUAUGCUUCCUGAACAGUUACUUCAGGUAAAAGAGUCUGCCAUCUUAGCUUUUGACUGGAGAAAUGCAUUUAAAGAUCUUUCCUCAUCAGUGGCAUACUGUAUAACAAGUACAGUUGACAAUGUUUCCACUAAAAUUCUUCAACAUGAACAGGAAGAACAGUCUUCACCUUUUGGUUAUGUGAUAAAUCUUGUAAAUGUACAGUGCAUGAAGAAAUCUUGGGGAGCUCUUAAUGAGAAAGAGCAACCAAAACAAAUUUUAAAGUUUUGUUCAGAUAUCCUGGAAGAACUUGACACAUUGCUUCCAUUGGCUCUGGCAUGCAGAGAUGAAUCUCUUCAGGAAAUGAGAGCCAACUUUGUGGAGGCUUCCUGCAAAGUAGCAACAGCUGUCCUAGAAAGGUUGGAGGAGAGAAGUAAAGACGUCCCUUCCAGAGCUUCACUCCAGAACUUGUAUGCUGUCCUCUCCACAGCAGUGCAUGUCUAUCAGCAUUUUAAGAUGUAUGAUGAUUUAAUGAAAAAGCAAAGCAGGAAACCUUUAUUCCUGGUGCCUCUCCAGCGAUAUCAGGAAUUGAUCAGUGUUCUGCAAUUUCAAGUUAAAAACUACUGCAUCAGAGUUUGUGCUACAAGCAUUUUACAGGAUGCUGAGAGUCACUAUUGGGAUGACUGCAAAGCUUUUUAUGAGGGGGAAAGAUGCUCAUUCUCUGUCCAGAUGUGGCAUUACUUCUGCUGUUCUCUUCAUCAUGAUCUAUGGACUGUUCUACCCCCUGUGUUAGCCCAGGAGAUUUUAACAGAAGUGCUAGAGGAAUCUUUGGCAUUCUUGACUUGCAGAUAUUUUCAAGCCCAGCCCAGUUACAAAAGAACAUCUCAAAUAAGAAUAGAUUGUACAGCAAUUCUGAUGACCUGUGAAAAUAUGCUGUGGUCAGUCUGUCGCUCUAUGCGUGAACUGUUGAGCCCACGUCAAGACAAAAAUCCUCACAUUUAUAAAAUACACAAGCAUUGCAAUGAUCUUCUUACAGCAGCUGUCAUUUUAACUGUCCCAAUGAAAAAUCUGUAUGAAACAUUUCAGAGCAAUUUUGAUCAUUCCUUUCCCUCACUUCUUUUGGAACCUCCUCCUAACCAAUCAUUAUACUGGUUAUCCGGCAUAACAGAAUUUUCUCCUUCAUUCCUUAAGACUCCAUCAGCCAAGGAAAUGCCAGCUUGGGGUCAACUGAAACUGCUCUUAUCCCAGCCGUAUUGUAAUUGGAACUUGCUUUUGGAAACACUGCUACAUCAUGAUUGUCUCUUAGUAAAAAUUCUGCUGAGAAGUUCCAAAUCUGAAUUGUUCAAAUGUGGAGAACAAAGAACUUGCCUUGAUGAGAAAGAUAGCAGCAAACCAAGUUUAACUGAAGCAGUCUUUACCGUACUGUCUUAUUGCACUUUAUCUCCCAAAUCACUUGGUGUUGUUCUUGAGGACUUCAUGGAAAAAGAGAAGAUGUGGGAUUGUUUGCACAAUGUAUCAGUUUCUAGUUCUGCUGAGUUGGAACCAGAGGUAAUCAGAUGUUUGAAGCUGACUUUGAUGGAUUCAGUUAAGGGUAUAGUGAAGCAGAUCAUUUCUUUGAUGCAUUCUUGGGAAGCAACUGAAAACUAUGGAACCUAUCAGCACAAGCAAAUAGUUCCUGAAAGUUUGUUGAAGACUGUUCCAAAGGAAUGGAAUUAUGUUCCUAGAGAAAUGAAGAGAAAAGAAUCUGGGAAAUGCUUCACAAGGCUUGCUGCUCAGGCAGUAUCUAUUGUAAUCAGCAAGUUACCUACAGUGAUUGCGUGUUUGCCUCUCCCAAUUAAGUAUUUCUUUUUUCUGUCUGAGAGAAAAAUGCCAAAAACUUGUGUUGAAUUGAAAAAAGCUGGUCUUCUUGUCUGGAUCUUGAUUGUAAUUAUAUGUCGGAUUUUUGAGGAUGGAAACACCACAGAACUUUUAAUUGGUACAACACUUGACAGAUGGAGCAAAGAGAAGCUUAGUUUGGUUCGUGUGUGUUUGGAAAGCAUUAUGGGAAAAAAGAAAAGUAGCCCUAAAGAAGUGACACAGAAGAUUAUAUGGAGCAUUGAACAGCAAAGACCAAACUGGAUUGAAAACCAGUUACUGAAGGCAAGAAAGCUAAGCAUAGACUGUACUGUCACUGCAGCAGAAGAUGGUAGAAGCUUAGAAGUGGAAGCUAUUGAACUUGAGUUGACUGAGCAGAAAAUAAACAUGAUGGUCCUGGAUAUCUGCCACAAACCAGGUGGCAGCGAAUACCUGAGGCAAAUUUAUCACAUCAUCCAGCUCAAUGAGGAGUAUUUGCACAAACAGCUGUAUUUUGAGGAAUUUUCUGAAGAAAACAUGGCAAACAUUAGACCAUUGAAUCUCACAUUGAGAAACAAAGAACAACAGCCUGUUUUUGACCCUUUCCGUGUUCACUACUGGUAUUGUACCAACGUCUUAGAAAAGUGCACCAUUACUGAGUGGCAAUGGGAUUGGUCAAAUUUCCUGCCAAGCUAUACUGGACUAAAUAAGAUGACCUUGAAGAUGCUACUGAUGCACAGAUGGGAGAUGAAAGAGGGCGAGACCCUGGAAGAAGAAGAAAAAGUUAUGCUGCAACAUUUGAAAAACCUUUGUCUCAUUCCAGCCUCUCCUUCCUCAGAAGAUGAAGUAGAAGACAGAGCUUGACAAAAGUUCUUUCAUUAAAUACAUCAGUUCUUCAAAGAAUCUGUCUAUAAUUUGUACAAGUUUUUCUUUACGUGUUUUUAAGCAACUGUUCGGCCAUUGCAUUUUACCUUUUAUUUUAUUUAUUGCUGUUUAACUAUUUUUGUAAAUGAUGUAAGAAAAUUUAAAUUAUUUUUAAAAUCUUAAAAUGAUGGUAAAAUAAAAUUUUAAAAUAAUAUGAUUAGAUUAUCACAGUGAGCAGAUUACAUUACUCUGUGCUCAUUUUUUCUCCUCUGUGAGGUUGAUUAGGGAGAAAGUAUGUGACUGACCUCAAAUCAUACAAUGAGUGUCCAAGCAAGAUGGAGAUUUGUACUUGGGUCUCUUAGAUCCUUCUCUGAAGCUGCAAUUGUUAUACCAUACUGGUUCUCAUGGAUGGCUACUGUUGAAGAGUAGCAAGCCAUCAGAACUAAUUGAAUCAUGUUAGUCAAGUGAUAACAAGUCACAAAGUAGUUGCUGUAAGGUCUGGCUCCAAUUAGUUUUCCUUGAAAAGCCAAAACAUCCCUGAAAAGGGCCUACCCCCUUCCUCUGCGUUUUACUCACAGAACUGAAGCUUUGGAAUGUGUGGUUGCCUUGCAGUAGCCACAGACAGAAUCAAUUUGUUAAAUCUACGGGCCCAGAGUUUCUCCUUGGUAUCUGCCAUAAUGGCAGAUGAACCUGGAAUCUCUCCUGAUAUCUACUACGGCUGUACUCAGAGCAGCUCUUGGCAUCCACAGAGGUGGCUGCUGGGUAUGGCUUCCUGCUGUGACUGCUACCAGCUCUUUUGGUAAGUGUGUUGGGGGGAAUAUAACCCCCCCAAUGUAUAUUUUUUAGCUUUUCAGAUUGUUAUGCAAACCUGGGAAGUCUCCAUUGUUUGCAGAAAAAUUUGUUCCGCAUCAGUAUGGUCCUUAUCUGCAAACAGAGGCAUAUAGGGGGAAAUGGCACCCGGAGACAAAUUGUCUCUGAGCACCCCCACCCCCCACGCCGGCUGUUGCCCGGCUGCCGUCCCCCACUGUCCCCCCCACUGCUGCCCCCUUGCUCCCGGCUCCCAGCCGUCAGCCAGCAGUCACUUCUGCCCU